GAGACACUGACUGGGCUGAUCCCCUGCAGAAAACAACUGGGAGGAGAAGUCCAUUCAGCGAUUCAGCCUUAACCCAUUGAGACCUUCAGACAUGGAGAUAUACGCUAAAGAUGUCAAAAAACCCAAAGCAUCGAUAUUUUGCAACAUUAAGCUGUUUGUCCUUUGCCAUGGUCUGCUCCAGCUCACCCAGCUGCUGUACAGCUCCUACUUCAAGAGCACCAUCACCACCAUCGAGCGCCGCUUCGGCCUCAACAGCUACUCCUCCGGCACCAUCUCCUCUCUGCACGAGGUGAGCAACACAGUGCUGAUUGUGUUUGUGAGUUACCUGGGGAGCCGAGUGCACCGCCCGCGCUUCAUCGGAUUUGGCAGCCUUCUGAUGUCUGUCAGCGCAUUGAUUCUAGCCUUACCUCAUUUCCUGUCUCAACCUUACGAGUACGACACUGUAAUGCAUGCGGACCGUCGGGACUUGUGUGUGCCCCGUCUCAACUCCUCCAGUGUCGACACGUGUGGGCAGGACGAUGCCAAGCGCCUGGUGGACACCAGCAGCCUGUGGCUGCUCAUGGCCACUGCCCAGCUGCUCUUUGGCAUCGGCUCCGUGCCCAUCCAGCCCUUUGGCAUCUCCUACAUCGACGACUUUGCGGGCCCGGGCAACUCUCCGCUCUAUAUCGCCAUUCUCUUUGCUGUGUCUGUGUUUGGGCCUGCCAUUGGAUACCUUCUUGGCUCAGUUAUGCUGAGGAUCUAUGUAGAUGUUGACAGAGUGAAUGCAGGCGCGCAGGAGUUGACCCCUGCUGACCCCCGCUGGGUGGGGGCCUGGUGGAUGGGCCUCCUGGUGUCCUCGGCCGGCCUGGCCCUGGCCUCCAUCCCCUACUUCUUCUUCCCACGCAGCAUGCCCCGCGAGAACGGGCUAGUGGACGACGACAUCAUGGCCGAUGACUCCAAGCGGCCGGACGGCUCCAUGCUGGCAUUCCUGAAAAUGUUCCCGCGGCUGUUUGUGCGCCUGCUGCUGAGCCCUCUGUUCCUGCUGCUGGUGCUGACCCAGUGCUGCUUCUCGGCGGUGGUGGCCGGCCUGGCCACCUUCCUCAACAAGUUCCUGGAGCGCCAGUACAGCACCUCCCCCUCCUACGGCAACCUGCUCAUAGGUGCGGUGAACCUGCCAUCGAUGGCCGUGGGGAUGCUGCUGGGCGGUGUGAUCAUGAAGCGCACGGGGCUGUCGCUGCGGGUCAUCCCGCGCUUCUCCGUGGCCAUGCUGGUCAUCUCCGUCCUGCUCUGCGUGCCGCUCUUCUUCAUGGGCUGCCCCACCCAGAGCGUCUCAGGGAUCUACCCCAGGCCCCUGCCCAGCCAGCCAGUGUCCACGUGCUACUCCGACUGCUCCUGUGCCCCCAGUGCCUUUAACCCUGUGUGUGGAUCCAACAAUGUGGAGUACAUCUCCCCCUGCCAUGCCGGCUGCAGCAACUACACCAAAGACCCCACAAACUCCUACAGAGUCAAGGCCUACACCAACUGCAGCUGUGUUAAUGGCAUUGAGAACUCUGCUCGCCCUGGUUCCUGUGGCAACAGCUGUCGCCAUCUCCUGUCCCCGGUCAUGUUCCUCAUCUCCCUGGCAGCCCUGGUCGCUAGCCUCACUCACAACCCCAUCUACAUGAUGGUGCUCAGGACGGUACCUCAGGGGGAGAAGUCCUUUGCCAUCGGUGUGCAGUUCCUUCUCAUGCGGGUUUUGGCCUGGUUGCCGGCCCCUGCCCUGUUUGGGAUGACCAUUGACUCUACCUGCAUCUGGUAUAGGAAGUUCUGUGGGAAGAAGCUGGCCUGUGGUUACUAUGACAACAACUUCCUUAGGAACAGAUAUCUGGGACUUCAAGUCGGCUUCAAAGUUAUGGGCAUUGCCUUGCUGGCAAUCAUCGGCUGGAAGGUGCAGCGCACCAGAGAGUACACCCUGGAGAAGUGUCCGGAGGGACCCCUGUGAAGCUGUACUUUCCCCCCUCGAGCCCUCAUCAUUCUGGGCACUGUCUCCCAGUUGGUCCCCUUGGCGAACAACGGAUGCUGAAAGGGAGAGACUCCGAGGCCCUUCCAACAGAACAGCACAGCACAGACUCCUAUGUGAGCCCUCUCGGGUUCUGCUCAAAGGAAACAUGGUUUCAGUACAUUGGUGUGUCUCACUGUGUGGAUUUGUAGUUUUCAUGUAUCUUCUUCAUAGCGGAGCUCUGAUGUUCAGCAGAUGAGUGUAUGUGUGUUUUUAGAUAUUAUUAUUUAAUCUCUUCUCAUUUGAUCUGUAUUUUGUGUUGUUGAUGUUGAACCAAAUAGCACCUAACCCCUAUUGAAAAGAUACAGUAUGAUGUCAUUUGAGUACACUUGUGCCAUUAUGAAAUUGUGCAGCUGUUUCAAUUGUAAUACCAGGCUAGGGAUCCUAGCAUCCUGAUAUCUCUUUGGUUGACCAAUCCUAUUCCAGCUUUUUGUUUUAUGUCCACAAGUUCAGAAGAAUGACUGACAUCUUCUCACAUCAGCUAUUUAAACUAGUGGAAUCCUGUCAUAGACCAUACAGGGCUCAUGUACUGUACAUGCGCUGGUCAUGUACCUCAGUUCAGCUUUGAUUGGAUGUAAUUGGACUGCAUGCUCAUAGUGUUUGGAUACUGAGCAUGUGCAGGCAGGUCAUUUGAAGGAAGAGCAGUUUUCUUUUGGAGUGGAACACGUGAGGAAUUAGGACCGCUGUUUUUUUGUUACUCUGGCCAGGUCAGUUUUCCAGCAGCCACUACGCUGGAACUUGCUGAAAACUUAAUAUUUAAGAUUUUUUUAGUGUGUGUGAUGUUACCUGUAUGACAGGUAAGCAGAUGUGACUGAAUAUUUGUAAAAAUAUAUUUUUAUAAGCACAAAUCCUUUUAUAAUCGUAAUAUUCAAAUUCACUCACAAUACCUUCCAUAAAGUAUGUUCAUGGUUACUAAAAUGUAACUUUUGUAUUGAAAUGAAUCAAUGUACAACUCAUUAAAUAAAUUAUUUUAUUGUUA